AUGGCCCCUCCAACCAAUGGCGAGCUGAAUGAAAGACGGGGAAAGAAUUGCAUUGCCAUCCCGCACGAGAGAAAGUACUUCCGGGUUGGCACCACCUGGAUAAAGCGAAGCCUGCGGCCCUGCGAAUGGCAAAAGCAGAAUGGCUAUAUGCACGUUCCUUUAUUCAACGUGGAACGUGUCCUUGAUGAGGGCGCCUGUCUUUUGUUUCUUGCUCAGACUGGUAUCCCUCUCCCAAAAUUACUUGGUUGCUUCGAGGAUGACGGGGCAGCAUACUUGGUUACUGAAUAUGUGGAUGGGGUUGGAAUGCUUGAUCUUGAUGCUGAGAGCCAGUCUGUUGUUAGUGAAGAGCUACAACGCCAUAUACUCACGCUCAAGAAGCUUACCUCUGACACCUGGGGUGGGCCAGAUAACAUGGUACCCAAGCACUUGGAAGAUUCCCUACAUGCAAGGCUGACUCACUGCCAGGUUCUUCCGCCGUAUCGUAUUAUGCGAAAAUCCGAUGGGCGACCGUGGAGAAUGCGUCAGCGGAAGCAGCAAGACCUGGUGUUUUGUCACAACGAUCUCUCCAUGAACAAUGUCAUUAUUGACCCAAGCACACUCAAUAUCAACGCCAUCAUUGAUUGGGAAUAUGCGGGCUUCUGCCCACCUGAGUUCGAAUAUCCAUUCUACCAGAGACCAGGGCCAUCUGUCCCAUUGGACGGCGAGGUGGACGAGGUUGAUUUGUUGACGCGGAUGGCGUCUGAAGACAGAGAAUAG